UGGCGGGCAAAUUGGGUUGCUUUUUUUUUUGAAUGAGAGAACCGUUGAGAAGUUUGCCCGGUUUGGGUUUGUCUUUUACUUGCAGUUAACUUGUUGAUGGACCCAAGUUUGGAAACUAUCAAGACUCCCUAUUUGAAAAAACUCUUUUCACCGUCUCCGACAAAGGAAAACGUCCAUUCUAACGAUAUCCAUUCCUUGGAAGAAGAGAAAAAGCCAUAUGACUCCCAACAACCCAAUAUAUUGCCACUCGCAGAAGCUUUAGAAUAUGCGCAAAAGUAUGGCUUGCCAAAACAAAGAAGAAUACUUCUACCUAGUUCUAAAAGAAAGAGUUCGUUGCGAACAAACAAGGUUGCCAGAGAAACCAUUCACCUAACCACGGAAGAAGCCAUUCAAGCUACCAUAGAAAGAAUAGGUCCUCGUCGUCAUAGAAUUCUAAGUCUUAUAGCUAGUCGAGACCCUAUGGAUACUAUCACAUCGGAAGAUUUUUGGAAACCGGAAUCUCAGGUUGAUGAUAAUGAACAGGAACAAUCCAGUGAUACGAGAAGCAACCAUUCAACGAGUACUCCUCCCGUUCUUCAUAGUACUGGUAUACAGAACACGGUUCAAAGCGACGAAAUGGACUAUCCAUGGGUAAAACAAGUCGAUGGCUAUACAUCAACAACAACUCCUUGUACAGUACAAGUGGACUUUGAUGUUCCACAGACUACUGAAAAUGAUGAUUUGAGUUUUUCCUAUGAAAUGGUUGCCAAUGAUGAAGAUGAAAUAUAUUUACAACAAGAUAUUCACGAUCAUCCCAAACAUGCUUACAAAAUACAACAUGUAGCAGGACUGACAGUAGACUGUGAUUCGAAAGGUACAAGUUCACAUCCUUCAAAGAGGCCCAAAGGAAUCAAUUCACCGAGCAAAAAUAAACAAAGCUUGGAAACAAGGAAAACUGAAAAUAGACGUGGGCAGCCUCGCGAACUUCGUUUUUUGCCAACUUCCCGUGAAGAUGAUGGUUUGAGACAAAUUGGUUCAGGUGUUAGAAGAAGUCAAAGAACUCGUUUUCCUGUACUGAAGUUUUGGAAGAAUGAAACCAUCCUAUAUGAACGAAGAGACUCCCGUCAGUUUCCAACCAUUGCUGGAAUUUUAGCUUAUCCAGACACACCUCAAGAAGAACGUAGGAGUCAAAGAAGACGUCGACGUGGCAAGCACUAUUCAAGAACGACAUCAUCUGGGAUGGCUAUGAGUAAUAAGUAUCCGAAUGACACGGAAACAUCGAAAAGUAGCAGUGAAGAACAAAGUCAUCAUUCUAUGCUGCCUAGUAUUCAUUCGCAAGCACAUGGAUGAUUGUUUCGUUUUGAAAAUAAAAGUGAUUUUGUGCAC